AUGGGUUUUGAGAGAAAAGUGUUUGUUGGAGGACUUCCAUGGGCGGUAACUGAAGAUAUUCUGACUGAUUACUUCAGUAAGUUUGGAGAGGUUGUUGAAUCUACCAUAGUAAGAGAUAAAGUCACCAGAAACAUCAAAGGGUUUGGGUUUAUUCUUUUCUCGGAUUCAUCUUCUGUUGAUAAAGCUCUUGAAGAAAAUCACACCAUACUUGGAAGAGUGGUAGAUGUGAAAAGAGCAUUACCAAGAACUGAACAGCAACUCGACCGUUCAUAUCAAACCCAUGGUAACAGUUCAAACAACAGUAUUAGUGUGAGUGAUGAUGUCCAUAACAAUGACUGGUUUAAGACUAAGAAGAUAUUUGUAGGUGGACUGUCUACUAUAACUAAAGAAGAACUGAGUAGUUUUUUUUGGAAAAUUUGGUAA